AUGUCGGAGUCGUCGCUCACUGCCCCCUUGCAUGAACUCCUGCGCACGACUCGGCUCUCCAGUCUCUUGAAAGAUCGGGAGGUGGUGUCACUGGAUGCCGAUUGCACCGUGGACGAGGCGCUGCGCACGCUGUCGGAGCACCGCCUGCUCGCGGCCCCCCUCAGGCUGGAUGAGGCGACCGCCAAGUCUGAGAGCCUGACGGGCUCCCCGACCCCCACCGUCUUCCUGGACAUCCGCGACAUCCUUUCCAGUUUCAUGCAUGAUCUGGGCGACGAGCUGCUGCGGGAGACUCCGGCCAUGCUGACGCGCAUGCGCCGGCUGGAGGAGCGGGGGCUGGCCUUCGCCGAGCAGCCCGUGCGGCGCCUGCACACCAUCGGCGGCGACGGCCUGCUCCUGGACGCGGCCGCCGCCCCGGAUCUGACCCUGGACGCCGCCCUGCGCGAGGGGUUCCUCAAGGGCGAGGUCUCCGGUGCGCGCGCGCCGGACGCCGGCGCGGCGCCCCCGCCCGGCGCCGCGCAGCCCCCGGCGCGCUCCGUCACGCAUCGCCUAGGACUGGCGGACUCGCGGGGUCGGGUGGUGGGCAUUCUGAGCCAGACGGACGUGGUGCGGUGGCUGGCGGGCGCGCUGCGCGACUUCCCCGCGCUGGCCGGCGCCAGCGUUGCCUCGCUGGGCCUGGGGGCGCGGCGCGUGGAGGGCGUGGGCGCCGAGACCCCGGCACUGGAUGCGCUGGCCGCCAUGCGCGCCGCGCGCGUCUCGGCGCUGGCGGUGCUGGGCGAGGACGGCGCGCUCAUCGGCAACUUCUCCGUCUCCGACCUGCGCUCCAUCCUGGCAGAGCACUUUGGCGCCUCGUCCACGCUGGAGUCUGUUGUGGCCAAGCUGGUCAAGAACGGGCUGCACCGGCUGUACGUGUGCGACAACGACCUGAGGCCGGUGGGGGUCAUCACGCUGACCGACAUCCUGCGCAGGGUGUGCCUGUCGCGGGCGUGA